UGGAGAUUCACAGAAGAUGAAAAAGCAAAGCUGGAGAUAGGUUUUGUACAUACCUAUACAAGGGCCAUAGCGACCAUGUAUAUAUGUUAGAUGGGCAGGCAGAUAGCAGCAGGGGAGUUGUGGGAUUUUUGGACAAAUCCAGUGUAGUGGGCGGGCUUCUGAUCAAUGUUUGGGUGGGGCCUGUUUUCCCCUGAUUAUCCAUACUUGAGAGCAUCAUAGAUCUUUGUCCGAUCACACUGAUUACAGCAACGUUUGGUGGGAACUCAUGUUUGAAUCAUGAACGCUACAAAGGCGUCCAGUCAGAAACAAGCAAGCAAGAGCAACAAGUACGUCCCCAGUUAUAUAUUACAUAUGAAGAAGAGAAAUGAGAGAGACGAAAGAAAUGCGGAGUAGAGAGUGAGCGGAGCGGCAUUGUAGGCAACUGUUACAGAGUCAGACGGAGCGAGAGAAGAGGAUCGAGUUGGCAGACAAUUCGAGGAAAAAAGCAAUUCAAGAUGGGCAAGAGCAAGAAGAAAGAGAUUAUACGAUUAGAGCGUGAAUCCGUCAUUGGAGUUACCAAGGCCAGACUCAUCAGCACCUUGGCCGCUGAAAUCGAAAACGAUACUCAGGAUCGGACUGAAGAACAGAGAAUUCCUGAUCGGGAUGAGUUUUUGAAGCUAUGCAAGAGGGUUGAGUACACAAUUCGGGCUUGGUAUCUUCUACAAUUUGAGGAUUUGAUGCAACUCUACUCCCUCUUUGAUCCUGUACAUGGAGCCCAGAAGUUAGAGCAACAGAAACUUAGUGAUAAAGAAAUUGAUGAGCUUGAACAAAAUUUCCUCAAGGACUUAUUUCUGGUGAUGGAAAAGAGUAAUUUUAAGAUUGCAAGUAAUGAAGAAAUUGACAUUGCGACUUCAGGGGAGUAUCUUCUACAUCUUCCCAUUGUGGUUGAUGAGUCUAAGCUUGACAACAAACUUUUGAAGAAAUAUUUUGAAAAUAAUCCUGCCGAAGACAUUCCAGAUUUUUCUGAUAAGUAUGUCAUCUUCCGACGAGGCAUUGGACUAGAUAAGAAAACCGAUUUCUUUAUUAUGGAGAAGGUGGACCUGAUCAUUUCACGUUUUUGGAAAUAUCUUUUACGAAUAACUACGUUAGACAAAUUUUUCAAGAAACCAGCCCCUAAGAAGAGGGAUUCAGAAUCUGAUACAGAUGAGGAUGACUUCUUUGUUGAACGAAUCCGUCUUGAAAACAUGGAACUAAGCAUUCAAAAUUUAAUUCUACCGAACACAAUCCAGGAGCCAACUUUUGAUAGGAUUAUCGUUGUUUACAGGCAAGCAACUACUGACGAGGAUAGUCCAGAACGGGCUAUACAUAUUAAACAUUUCAAAAAUAUUCCAAUGGCUGAUUUGGAGAUAGUUCUUCCUGAAAAGAAGAGCCCAGGUUUAACACCAAUGGACUGGCUCUCGUUCAUUGGCUCUGCUGUAGUUGGUCUGAUUGCUGUUUUUACUUCAAUUGAAACGACUAAAGUCGAUCUUUGGGUUAUAUUUGCAAUUCUUUCCACAUUGAUUGGUUACUGUGCUAAGACAUAUUUCAGUUUUCAGCAGAACUUAGCCGAUUAUCAGAACUUGAUAACACAGUCCAUGUACGAAAAACAACUAGAUAGCGGAAGGGGAACUCUUCUUCACUUGUGUGAUGAUGUGAUUCAACAGGAAGUCAAGGAAGUAAUAAUUUCUUUCCUUGUGUUAAAUGAAAGAGGGAAUUCUACUUUACCAGAUCUGGACAAGACGUGUGAGUGGAUGAUGAAAAAUUGGUUUAACGACGAGAUCAAUUUUGAUGUGGACGACGCAGUUAAGAAGCUAGAGAAAUUGGGAAUUGUUACUAAGGAUAGCGAGGGACGGUAUAGCUCUGUUGGGCUGAAACGUGCUAACGAGAUCAUUGGAACCACCACUGAGGAGGUUGUCCUUAAGGCAAAAGAAGAUGCUGCUGCUGCUGCUGCUAAUGCUAAUACUCCUGCUUCUCCUGCAGCAACGACUCCUGCAGUCGGCGUUGACGGCGGCAGCAGCUGGAGCGGCAGCGACAACGCUGACGAUGAUAACUAUGCUGCCGACACUGAUGAGGAUAAAUAUGCUGCCGACACCGAUGUACUCCUAAAUAAGUGAUCAUGCACCCUCUCUAAACUUCGUACUCCUAAAUAUUGGCCACUCGAGAUGCUGUUUACAGUCAGCCUUAGAGGCUACAUCAUGUUUGGUAAUCUUUGGAAAUUUGGCUUUACAGCUUGAAAAUUAAGAUUAUGUUGUAGUUGAAAACUCGAAACAAGAUCUGAAAUAUCUGCAGAUAUUUCAUUUUUCUCUCUCUCCAGUGUCAAUCUCCUUCCAACAAAUGUGCUUGAUGAUAUAUCAGAUAGUCAGAGACACAGCUGUACGUACGUUGAUAUAUGCUUGAAUUUGAGUGUUACUAUAUCGGUUAUGGCUGUUAUAUUGAA